AAUCGAAUGCAAUCAACUUUCAGCCGGUGCAAAACACGCCUACACGGGCGAGAUUAAUCGAACCCCUCACUCUCCCCCGCGCUUUUAACAACAUGUUGUGAUGGUAGUAGGAUGUUAAGCUAGCUAAUCUUAUAGGAGGGUAAGGGUGUCCCAUUUAAGCAGCUAUUUGUGUUACUUCUGAUAAUAUUCACAAUCUGAAUCAAAGCUAACAGUCUGGCAGUAUGUCCGGGGUGAUUCGGAGACUCGAUGAGACCGUUGUUAAUCGGAUUGCUGCUGGAGAGGUUAUCCAACGUCCUGCAAAUGCUAUCAAAGAAUUGCUUGAAAACUGUUUAGACGCCAAGUCCACCAACAUACAAGUGACUGUGAAGGAGGGCGGUCUGAAACUUAUCCAGAUACAGGACAAUGGCACUGGCAUCAGGAAAGAAGAUAUGGAAAUAGUAUGUGAACGGUUUACAACAAGCAAGCUCCAGACUUUUGAGGACCUCAACACCAUCUCAACCUAUGGGUUCAGAGGAGAGGCACUUGCCAGUAUAAGCCAUGUUGCCCAUGUGACCAUAACAACCAAAACGGCUGACGCCAAGUGUGCUUACAGAGCCACCUACUGUGAUGGGAAACUCAAGACCCAACCCAAACCCUGCGCUGGAAACCAGGGGACACAGAUCACCGCGGAGGAUCUGUUCUACAACGUGUCCACCAGGAGGAAAGCCCUAAAGAGCCCCAGUGAGGAGUACUCCAGGAUUGUGGAGGUGGUGAGCAGGUAUGCUAUACACAACUCUGGGAAAAGCUUUGCUGUCAAAAAGCAAGGCGAGACCAUGGCGGACGUCAGGACCCUACCCAACGCCUCCAUACUGGAUAAUAUCCGUGUGGUGUUCGGCAAUACAGUCAGCAGGGAGCUGAUUGAAGUGGGCUGUGAGGAUCAGAAGCUCGCCUAUAAACUGAAGGGCCACAUCUCCAACGCCAACUACUCAGUGAAGAAGUGCAUUCUCAUCCUCUUCAUCAAUCAUCGUCUGGUUGAAUCGAGUGCCUUAAAAAAAGCCAUUGAGACCGUUUAUGCUGCAUACCUUCCCAAGAACUCUCACCCAUUUCUAUAUCUCAGCCUGGAGAUUGCCCCUCAUAACAUCGACGUGAAUGUCCACCCUACCAAACACGAGGUGCACUUCCUCCACGAAGACUGUAUCAUCGAGAGCGUUCAAAAACACAUAGAGAGCAAACUCCUGGGCUCCAACUCCUCGCGCACGUACUUCACACAGACAUUGCUACCUGGGCUGUCUGUCUCCACCAGCGAGGGGAAGUCUUCCUCCAACUCCACAGGGGACAGUGAGCGGGUCUACGCCCAUCAGAUGGUCAGGACCGACAGUAGAGCCCAAAAGCUGGACGCCUUUCUCCAGCCGGCAUCUAAGCUGGCCCCUCCCACCGCCAACCCUAAUGGGCAGAGCAGGGGGGAACCUGUGACCAUCAAUGACAUGGAAGAGAUGGACAAUGKAGAGAUCCUGGAGGAACAGGCGCCAGGUGCCACAGAGGAUGGGGAGGGKACCAGCCUAAAUACUCCAGCUGAUCUCCCCAGGAAGCGUCCGCGUGCCGGUCAGGAUGAGGAGCAGGAGGACCGGACUGCUGCAGCCGCAACCAGGAGACGAGCCAUCAAGCUGAGCAGUGUGAAGGAGCUGAGAGAUGACAUCGCUGAGCACGCACACAAAGGUCUUCAAGAGAUGCUUCAGAAUCACUCGUUUGUGGGCUGUGUCAACCCCCAGUGGACUCUGAUCCAGCACCAUACCAAACUGUACCUUCUCAACACCACUAAACUCAGCCAGGAGCUAUUCUACCAAAUUUUGAUCUACGACUUCGGUAACUUUGGCAUCUUGAGGUUAUCUGAGCCUGCACCGCUCUAUGACCUGGCCAUGCUGGCUCUGGACUCCGAGGAGAGCGGCUGGUCGGAGGAGGACGGGCCCAAGGAGGGUCUGGCCCAAUACAUAGUUGACUUCUUGAAGAAGAAAUCUGAGAUGCUGGAGGACUACUUCUCCAUGGAGAUAGACCAGGAAGGAAAUCUCACCGGUUUGCCAUUGCUGCUUGACAAGUACACCCCUCCUAUGGAGGGUCUGCCCAUGUUCAUCCUACGUUUGGCUACCGAGGUGAACUGGGACAAUGAGAAGGACUGCUUCAGAGACUUCAGCAAGGAGUGCUGCCAGUUCUACUCUAUCAGGAAACAGUAUGUCCUGGAGCUGGAGCCGGGAGAGGAGGAGCAGGAUGCAGAGCUGAACUCGUGGCGUUGGAAGGUGGAGCAUCUCCUGUUUAAAGCCUUCCGGAGCCUCUUCAGUCCCCCUAAACACUUCAGUGAGGAUGGCAGCGUACUCCAGAUUGCUAACCUACCAGACCUCUACAAAGUAUUUGAGCGAUGCUAAGACAUGAGKAACACCGACCAUGGGCUGCAUGUCUGUUUCGGGAAACCAUUUGAUAUACAUUUCAACUCAGUUUCACAGUUCCUGACGUUUAAUCCGAGUAAAAAUCCCUGUCUUAGGUCAGUUAGGA